AUGCCGUCCCGCUGGGCAAUGUGGUUGCGCACAACCGCCGAGCCAAUCCGAGAAUUUACGACCUGCCGAUUUCAACAUUCAUUCGGAGAUGCCCCCACAUCGCAUCGAAGGUUGUUCGGUAUUCGAAGACUCCGAAUGCUUCACCCGGUAUAUGAAGCUCCACAAGUCGCCGAUUCUCCUCAAUUCGCUGCCCCUCGAGCCCAACUCCCACCCGUAUAUCUAACGGCUCACCAUCAAGCCGCCAGCAGCAAUACGUUUGAAGAACCUGAAACGGGCACAAUGAUCUCCCCAUCGAGGAGAAAAAUGUGGUCUGCCCAAUUCGACGAUGAACGCAUCAAGCGCAUGGAGGCGAGGUGGAAGAAGCUUGGCAUUAAUCCGGAUACCAUCAACUUUAAUUUGAAGAGCAGGAAAGAUGCGCAUCAGAUCAGGCAACUCUCAGCGGAAGACUUCACAAGCCCUCGUUCUGGCAAGCCUCAAAGCAAUCACAUCUACACAACUGCAUCGGAAGACCAUGGUGUCGGCCGCGGGUCGGCUGAGGCUAGGAAAUCUGUGCCAAACUACGAGCCCUGGACAUCGCACCGUCCGCGAAUCAACGGGCCGCUACUUCGCUCUUUCGAUGAAACGAAUAAUGAAGACAAAUUCGAAGAGCAAGAAAUCCCUGAUGUGGUGCCAAAGGGCGAGGGCGGGUUCGGAUCUGGAUUAGGAUUUGGCUCAGGCGCAGUAGCUUCUCCAUUCGGCGGCGGUUUCGGCUCAAAACCCUCUCCUCUAAACAAUGUACAGGGAGAUCGUGAUGAAGAUGAGGAAGGAGAAGAAGACGUUGAACCCGAUGAGCCCACCUCUGAAUUUGGCUUCCCCGAAGAAUCAGCCACUGCUUCACCCGGCGGAUAUCACUCGAGAACUACUCCCGUCUACCGUCACUUCCAAUUCUCCCAAAAACUAUCCCAGCGUCCGCGUCUUCACAUCAGAAAGCCGGGAGAGCCUCGUGUUGAGGGAACCAAAAAUAAUAACAUUGACGACUUGCCGAACUUGACGCCGUAUAUGAACAACGCUAGGCACAAAUUCGGAUAUGACAAGACUGAAAUGGGUCAGCAGCUGUAUGGAUCUCAAUCAGGUGUUGUCCCCCGCACGAUGCCACCACCAAUGCCCGUGGUUGCAAGACCGACAACAACAACUACCACAGCACCGCAAGUACCAUUCGAGGGCGGUGAGGAUACUGGAGACAGUGGAAUCGGAUUUGGCGAUGGUGAAGUUGCUUCACCUGCUGAUGGUGGAGCCGCUUUCGCUGGACCCUCCGAGCUUCCCCCAGAGUUCGCAAAUGUCGGUUUCGGAGUGAUUGAUGGGAAUGGAAAUGGACUGAAUGUCGCACCACCUGAGGAAGCCCCGAAAACCACACCCAAGCCCAAGCCGCAGCCACCAAGGAGGCCCAGGCAAAGGAAGCAACCAGCACCCUCUGCAGAUAAGGAUAACGAAGAGUUCGUGAUCCCUCAAAAUUCCGGUCUCCGCCCAGUUACACCACCUAAGGAAUUCUUUGAUGGUUCUGGAGCCGGCAGCUUCGGUAGCGGAUCAGGUGGUUCUCCGUUCGGAUCGUUUGGAGGUGGAGGCGGAGGGUUUGGAGGCGGAUCCGGAGGUUUUGGUAUUGGACCUGCUGCUCCUCAGCCGGCGGCGCCGAAGGCUCCGAAGAAACCUAAGCAGCAGCCACCGCCCGAGCCGGAGCCAACACCAGAGGGUGGAGAUGAUGGUGGCAUGUUCACCGGAGAUUCUGCUCUUGUGCCCAGCCGUGGACCAUCUGGAGAUGGAUACGGAGCAUCGGUUCCUGAGGGAGAGAAUUUGCCACCAAGGGUACCAGCUGUGAGCGUAGGAGGUGCAGCUGCUGGCAUCCCACCACCAGACAAUUUUGAAGAAUUCGAACAACCCGAGCAGCCAAGCGGCCAAUACUUCGAAACCACACAUAACCCCAGGCCUACGGUCCGGCCAUCGGCUAUGUUGAACGUGUUGAGCAAGGCCGAUCAGGGCUUCAACCAGGCAAUUACCCAUUUCGAACGAGGGACACCGGUUGAAGCAGCCGCCAUUGACAUCUUGGAAGUGGCGCUUGGAAGUCAGAAACUAGACAGCCAAGCCAAGCUGCUCGGCCAUGUCGACCGUACGCUCGGCCUUGAUAAUCUACAACGGCUUCAGCGCUGGGCGAAUACAGCGGGGGCAUUGGAUAUGUUAAAGGAGCAGGUCGUCAAAAUCGCCAAAAACUACCAACCAGCAGCUGAUCUUCUCCCCACCAUCCCGCCCCAGUUUGAAUAUCUGUUCAAGCAGUCUGGACGG